GUCAUCAGUCCGUGUUCUGUGCUGUGAUUGUCAUAAUUGAUGCAUCAAGGUUGUUGAUCUUUUUCUGCAGCAAAGUGAGAAAAAUAUUUUGUUCUAAAGGGAGAGCAGUCUUUUUUUCUGUUCCUUCCCCUAAUAUUAGAAGGACCAUCAGGAACGUAUAAUUAUGUCUGACUUUAUUGAAUCCGAAGCCGAAGAAAGCAGUGAGGAGGAGGAGGUAGAGCCUCAGGAACGAAAAAAACUAAAAAAAUCUAAAGUUGAUGAUAGUUCCGAGGAAGAAGAAGAUGAUGAUGACAGAAUAAGAGAAGAACUCCAAGAUCUUAUUGACGAUGGUCCAGUAGAAGAAAGUGAUGGUGAAGAUUCUGAUGCCUCUCGGGGUGCCAAACGGAAAAAGUCAGAUGAUGAAGAAUUAGAUGAUAGGCUCGAAGAUGAAGAUUAUGAUCUCAUUGAGGAGAAUUUAGGUGUAAAGGUUGACAGAAGAAAAUUCAAACGUUUGAAAAGAUUUGAAGAUGAAGGUAGCGAAGAAGAAGAAGAUAGAGAUGAAGGGCAGGAAAGAGAUGCAAUCGCCAUGGAUUUAUUCUCAGAUGAUGAUGACGAGAAAAGAUCUGAGCGCAGCCAUCGGCCAGCCCCCGAAACUGAACAAUUCGGUGAGGAGGAGGAAGAAGGAGAAUACUCUGAUGAUGAUGAUGGUUUCAUUGUCGAUGAUGAUGGAAGGCCUAUUGGUGAUAAAAAGAGAAAGAAAAGGCCUAUUUUCUCAGAUGCUGCCCUUCAAGAAGCUCAAGAAACCUUUGGUGUUGAUUUUGAUUAUGACGAAUUUUCAAAAUAUGACCAAGAAGAGUACGAUGAAGAAGAUGAAGACGAAGAAGAAGAGGAUGACUACGAGGAGGAUGGUGAGAGGAGACGAAAGACGAAGAAAACGAGAAAGAAGGCCACCAAAAAAUCCAUCUUCGAGGUGUACGAGCCUAGCGAGUUGAAAAGAGGAUUCUUCACGGACCUGGACAACCAGAUCCGAAAUACAGACAUACCAGAACGUAUGCAACUGCGUGAAGUGCCUAUAACUGCAGUCCCGGAAGAUUCUAAGGAACUUGACGAGGAGGCGGAAUGGAUCUACAAACAGGCGUUUUGCAAGCCCACCAUCUCCAACAUGGAUGCCAAUCUGACGGCCGAAGCUAGAGAAAGGCAGAAGAAGGGACCGCAGACCAUUGCCAAGAUCAAGAAAGCGUUGGAUUUCAUGCGAAACCAACAACUCGAGGUACCUUUCAUCGCUUUCUACCGUAAAGAGUAUGUGCAGCCCGAGCUGAAUAUAAACGACCUUUGGAAAGUGUACAAAUACGACGCCAAGUGGUGUCAGUUGAAGACUCGUAAAGAGAAUCUGGGUAUCCUUUUUGAGAAGAUGCGUUCCUAUCAACUGGAUCUGAUCAUGAAAGAUCCCGAUGCUCCCAUACCGGACAACGUGAGAGUGAUGAAGGACUCCGAUUUUGAGCGACUGAAGAGCGUCCAAACUCCCGAAGAACUGCAGGAUGUUUACAAUCAUUUCUCGCUGUAUUACGCCGGUGAUAUACCCGCAAUGCAGAGCGCUUGGAGGGCGAAAGAAAGAGAGCGAAAAAAAGAGGAAAAGAGACAGGCCAGGUUGAAAGCCUUGGCCGAGAACGAAGAGGGAGAACAACCCCCAGAAGUCGAGGAAGUGGAGGAGGAUGAACCUGAACCGGAGUCCCUCAAGGCUGCCAACAGGAGUGGAUCGUACAACUUGUGCUCGAAGGCUGGUUUGGACGGAUUGGCCAAGAGGUUCGGUCUGACGCCCGAGCAUUUUGCCGAGAAUCUCAGGGAUAACUACCAGCGUCACGAGGUCGAUCAGGAAGCCAUUGAACCUACCGACUUGGCAAGGGAGUACAUAUGCCCUACUUUCUCCACCGUCGAAGAAGUGUUGCAAGCUGCCAAAUUCAUGGUUUCUCGUCAGUUGGGCAGGGAACCUCUAGUGAGGAAAUGCGUACGUGAAGUUUUCUUCGAACGUGCCAAGAUAUGCGUGGCACCAACGAAAAAAGGCGUCAAGAUGAUCGACGAAACCCACAACUGCUACAGUAUGAAGUACGUCAAGGAUAAGCCGGUUAGGGACCUGACCGGUGAUCAAUUCUUGAAACUGUGCCUUGCCGAAGAGGAGAACCUGCUCACCAUAACCAUCAACGAGAAUUUCGAGGGUAACACCACCAAUUCCUUCAUAGACGAGGUGAAACAGCUGUACCUCAAGGAUGAAUUCAGUAAGAACGUCCAAGACUGGAACGAUCUUAGGGCAGAAUGCGUAGAGAGCGCCUUGAAGAAGUCGGUCCUUCCGGAUUUGAGGAUGGAGCUGAAGAGGGCGUUGUUGGCGGAAGCGAAGGAGUUCGUCCUGAGGGCUUGCUGUAGGAAACUGUACAACUGGAUCAAGAUCGCCCCUUACAGCAUAAACUUCCCGGACGAGGACGAGGAUGAAUGGGACACUUCCAAAGGUGUCAGGGUCAUGAGCGUGGCGUACGUGCCCGAUUAUUCCCAAGCUGCUUUCACGUGUAUCGCUGCACCCGACGGUGAUAUAACCGAUUAUUUGAGGCUUCCUCAUCUGACGAAGAGAAAGAACAGUUGGAGGGUCGAGGAGAAGUUGAUGAAGGAAAGCGACUUAACGGCCAUUAGGAACUUCAUAAUGACCAAGAAACCACACGUCGUCUGCAUCGGCGGUGAAUCCAGGGAGGCCCUGAUGAUCGCGGAUGACAUCAAAGCGGUCAUCGCCGAUCUGGUGGAUAACGAGCAAUUUCCGACGAUAAAAGUCGAGAUCAUCGACAAUCAACUGGCGAAAAUCUACGCCAACUCCAACAAAGGCACCAACGACUUCAGGGAUUACCCGGAACUGUUACGCCAGGCCAUAUCUUUAGCCAGACAGAUGCAAGACCCCCUGAUCGAGUACUCCCAACUGUGCAACGGCGACGAGGAGAUCCUCAGUCUCAGGUUUCACUCCCUGCAAGAUCAACUCGACAAAGACGCGCUUUUGGAAGCCCUUAAUCUGGAAUUCGUCAACAGGACCAACGAGGUAGGCGUCAACGUCAACAUGGCGGUGCAGUACGCGCACAAGAGCAACCUGAUACAGUUCAUCUGCGGGUUGGGCCCGCGUAAGGGGGCCGCCUUGCUCAGGGUCCUCAAACAGACCAAUCAGCGCCUGGAGAACAGGACGCAACUCGUCACGUCCUGUCACAUGGGUCCGAAGGUGUUCAUCAACUGCUCCGGCUUCAUCAAGAUCGAUACGAACAGCCUGGGCGACAGCACCGAGGCUUACGUGGAAAUUCUGGACGGGAGUCGCGUACACCCCGAGACCUACGAAUGGGCGAGGAAGAUGGCGGUCGACGCCCUGGAAUACGACGACGACGAAGGUACAAACCCGGCCGGCGCCUUGGAAGAAAUCCUGGAAGCCCCCGAGCGUCUGAAAGAUCUCGAUCUGGACGCAUUCGCCGAGGAGUUGGAGAGGCAAGGGUUCGGCAACAAGAGCAUCACCUUAUAUGACAUAAGGGCGGAGUUGAACUGCAGAUAUAAGGACCUUAGGACGCCGUUCAGGUCGGCGAACGCGGAAGAACUGUUCGACAUUCUAACCAAGGAAACGCCCGAGACCUUCUACAUCGGGAAGAUGGUCACUGCCAAGGUGAUCGGGAUCGCCAGGAGGAAACCCAAGGGCGAACAGCUGGAUCAGGCGAAUCCAGUAAGGAACGACGAGACCGGUCUGUGGCAGUGUCCGUUCUGUCUCAAGAACGAUUUUCCUGAGUUGUCCGACGUAUGGAAUCACUUCGACGCCGGUUCAUGUCCGGGUCAGGCGACCGGGAUCAAACUAGCCCUGGACAACGGGAUUUCCGGUUACAUCUACAUCAAGAACAUAAGCGAUAAACAGGUGGCUAAUCCGGAGGAUAGGGUGAAGAUCGGUCAGCUCAUCCACUGUAGGAUCAUGAAGAUAGACGUCGAGAGAUUCAGCGUGGAUUGCACGUCUAAGUCUAGUGAUUUAUUGGAUAAAAACCACGAAUGGCGUCCUUCCAGAGACCCUUACUACGACCAAGAAAGGGAAAACGCCGACUUGAAGACCGAGACCGAAUCUAAAGCCAACAAACAGAGGCAGACCUACAUCAAGAGGGUCAUCGUGCACCCGUCCUUCCACAACAUCUCGUUCAUGGAAGCGGAGAAAUGCAUGGCGAACAUGGACCAGGGGGAGGUCAUAAUCCGACCGUCGAGCAAGGGUGCCGACCAUCUAACCAUAACCUGGAAGGUCACAGACGGGAUAUACCAACACAUAGACAUCAAGGAAGAGGGUAAAACGAACGCGUUCACCCUGGGUAAAACGCUCAUAAUCGGUGGGGAGGAAUUCGAGGACCUGGACGAAAUUAUAGCCAGGCACAUAACGCCGAUGGCGUCCUUCGCGAGGGACCUCCUGUACUUCAAAUACUACAAGGAUAUGAACGGGGGUCAGAAGGACAAGGCGGAGGAGUUCAUCAAGGACGAGAGGAAGAAGAACCCGUCCAAGAUUCACUACGUGAUCAGCGCUUCCAAGACUUGUCCCGGAAAGUUCCUGCUUUCUUAUAUGCCGCGGAACAAAUGCAGGCACGAAUUCAUCUCGGUCACGCCGGACGGGUUCAAGUUCAGGCAGCAGAUGUUCGACAGCAUACCGGCCCUGUUCAAGUGGUUCAAGGAGCACUUCAGGGAUCCGAUACCCGGGAGUGCGACCCCCGGCACUCCAAGGACCGGUUCUGCUCGUUCUUACAGUGCUGGAGGUGUUACUCCUAAUUUCAACAGUAAGUCUUCGGUGUUACCACGGGUAGAAUUGGGUAUUGACCUAGUUUUGCUUUCAGAUAUGAGCUCGGAGGCCAUACAGAGGGUAGCUCAAAACCUGCCGAGUCACAUGAUGCAGACGUUGUCCGCUGUCGCGAGUCAAACGCCACACUAUCCACACACUCCAGGAGGUGCCUACGGUGCCAAUUAUAUCAAUACGCCUUACACGCCGAGCGGCCAAACGCCAUUCAUGACCCCCUACGGCACGCCGCACACCCAGCAGACCCCACGCUACGGCCAGCAAACCCCGAGUCAGACCCACAUGAACGGCCCGUUCCUCCAUCCCGGCUCGAUAACGCCGGCCCAACGUACGCCACUGUACAGGUCGUCGGGGGCGCAACCCAUACCGUCGCCUGUCAGUCCGCAAGAAUCUCCCUCCAACCAUUCCACCAGAUCGUCGAGCAGCUACCACUAUCCAAUGAACGCGCAGAGGAACGAGGCGCAAGACUGGAAGAGCGCUGCGGCGGCAUGGGCUGCUAGAUCGGCAGGAAGGAACGCAUCAUCCGGUACGCCAAGGUCGGAUAUCAGCCGCGGCACGCCUAGAUCCGUCGGCAACACCAAAUCGCCAAGGUUCGAGGAUCUGAGGGAUAGGAGGAGUGUAGGAAAGAGUCCUAGGUCGGUCAGAUCUACUCCAAGGACGAAUACUUCCCCUCAUUCAAUGUCGUUGGGUGACGCCACCCCACUUUACGAUGAGAACAUUUAGUUGUUCUUACAAAUUUGUAGAUAAGACUUGAGUUCGUAUUUUUAUUUCAAUUAUGAGGAUAAGUAGACCGAAUCAAUCAAAGUUCCAAAAAAAGUUUAAAACUAAAGUAAAAAAAACUAUUGUACGGGCCUGUUAUAUGUUUUGUUUGUCAUAGUAGUUGACAGUUCUGUACCAUUUAAUAUUCAUCAUGGCGACUGCCGUUAUUAUUUCAUCUCAUCCAAAUGUGUAUAUAGAUUUAUAUAUAAUAGCUUAUUAUAUUAUGCUCAGGAUAAUCAUUAUCCUAAAAAUGACAUUUAUUUCCAUUUUAUUUGUUAUUGAAUCAUUUUUAAAUGUUUUGUGGUAUUUUAUUAAUUCCAGAAUUGUAUUUAUUGAUAUAGUGAAAUAGAUUUGUACAAGAGGUUGUAUGAUAUUUUAUUUUUGAAUACAUUUAUUUCACACAA